GAGUGAAGGAGAGGAGAAGAGGUGUCCCUGGCUCAAAAUGCCCUUGCCUGAGCACUGAAGGCUUGGAGAGGCUGAGAGGAAGGAUAGGGGAGCUGGGAAAGACACGCCGGCAGGUGCUGAAGACAGGAUAAGUGGAUAGGUCAGAAAUAAGUAUAAGAAAGCUUAUUAGGGGAAGGUGUAGGCAAGAGAUAAAAUAAAUAGAAACUAAGAAAAAAGAAACUGGCUAAUUUUUGGGAAAAGCUGGAGCCCACUCCUUUUUUUUAAGCCUGGUUCAUUUACCUCUGCACGGAUUCUCCUCUUCGUCUUCUUGUUCUUGCUCUCCCCUCUGACAGACAGCACCACCAUGGAAACUGGGAGCCCCAGAAAGAUUCAGUUCACCGUCCCCCUGCUGGACACCCACCUGGACCCAGAGGCAGCAGAACAAAUCAGAAGACGCAGACCCACACCUGCAACUCUGGUGGCAUCCAGUGAUCAGUCCUCACCAGAAAUAGAUGAAGAUCGGCUUCCAAACCAGUUGUAUAAGGCUGCUCUGUUGAAUUCUCCCCGACAACGAAGAAAAGGACAAAAAGGAACACCAACAAUGAAAGAGCUGCAGUUUCUUGUAGAACAUCACCUGUACAGGCAGCAGCAGGGAGCUGGAGACGAGUGUUCCUCAGAGAGCUGCUUGUCUGACCGGCCCAGUCCCGACUCUGUUCCCACUGGUGAGGAGCUCCCACAUGAUGACGAAGCCACUGCAGAGGCCUUUGAAAAGCUGCGCUGCCAAAUGGAAGAGUUCUCCAGAGAGAGCCUAUUAGAUGCUGGCGGUGAACUUGAGUGCCCCCUCUCCAAGGAGAAAAACGAUUGUGUGGCCACCAUAGCAGAUCCCUCGUCCCAGAAAGAAAAUGCACUUACAGACACAAAGGCAGGAGCAUCCAGUGCAAAUCAGCCAUCAGGGAAGAAGACGAAGAAAGUCAGCCUCGAGACAAAGAAAUAAAGACGUCUGUGCAGCCAAAUGUUGUCCAGUCUGCCCAACACAGUGACAAAAGAUUGUCCAUGCAGAUUGCGGAACAUCAGGGCAUCACUAUACCUCUGCAGCCAGGCUUUAGUUACCACCUCAAGAAUAAGACAAAAUCUUUCUUUAUCUAUUUGUGAAAAAUUAAACCACAUUUUUAACAGUUUUUACUGUACUGCUCUGAAGCUAGCCAAUUGUGUGUAUAAACCUGAGAUUCAUGCCUCAGUAACACAUUCAUAACCGUGCUUCAUACAUGAUAUUGCCUCUUAUUGAUCAAAACAAACAAACAAAAAUAGCAUAAGACUUUCUUUUAGAGAUGUUUUAGUUUGUGUUAUUAGUUUCCUAUUUCACGUUGGAUCGAUAAAAUGGAUCAGCACAUCAUAAACAAAUGGAGCUAAUGAUGUUUCAAUUGUAAUUAGAAUAACUAGUCCCUAACUGAGUGAGCAGUGUGUUGAGUGAAAUUCAUAUUAUAAUGUAUAUUUACGUAACAUGCAUCACCUAAAACAUAUGAGCAAUGCAUAACUUGCUGAGCUAUGAUAAAUGGUUAAUUAUUAAUGAGUUCAAAAAGUGGCCAAAAAUAAAUAAAUUGACUUUUAAAAAUUCCUUCCCCCCCCCAUUUUUACAGUUAUGUAAUCACUUAUGAUUUUUUUUUUGUUUUUUUACCAAACAUGCACCUAUAUAAAAAGUAUCAUCACAAAGCCAGUGUUUUUUUUUCCCAACAUAGUUUCAAGCAUUUUUUACUUGUUACUGCAGCGAUUGUUUGGCAUGAUUAAUAAUACUUAAGAAAGAAAAAUUUACAACUUAGUAGAAUUGAUGAAAACAUUUCCUGUGACCGGUAUUAGCAUUCAACCGUACUACUUAGUUUUUCCAGCAGCUACUUAGACUUUAUUUUCCCAUAAUUAGCCUAUAGUUGCUUUAAACUAGGAAAGCUGGCAUAUUUUAAGAUGAAAAAAAUCAAUUCUAACAUUUCCCUAAACAUUUCUACCACCUCACAGCAUAACAUACUAAAAAUGUUUACUUACAGUACUGUAUCAAAAUCCUGAUCAGGAUUUUUUUUUUGUCCUAAUAUCAACCAACUUAAUACGCUGAUAAUUAGAGCCAAUUCAAUAGAUGUAAAUGUUUGUAAACUUAGUAAACUAACACACUACACUUAAUCAGUUUGACACUCAAUAACAAAUCACAAUUUUUUCUUCUUCUUAUGAUUCUUACCUUUUGUAAUUUUGUCCAAAUCGCAGUUUUAGCUGGACAGUCUGAAAACGCUGCUCUAAUAUGUAGGUUCAGAAAACACUUCACCUCACACAUACAUAGCUUCAUCAUUUCCUUCUGAAGAUGAAUCUGACCAUACAGAAACAGUUUUAAUAAACUUAAUGUUUACAUUUUUGCUCCCUGCUGAAGUGCUGUUCAUUCCAUUUUGAUUACUUAUUGAUUCAUCAUUUAAUGUGGUUCUAGUAAUUUCUGUGCACAACAAAAAAAGCUGUUCUUCUACUCCAGAGAGUCACGACUUUGUUUUACUUGUCCUGCAAUUUAAUGUCAAAUGUUUAAGCUGCGGUGUGUGUGUAGCAGGCCUCCUGACACACACAGUGACCCACUGCAGCAGCUUUCUCUCAGCAUCUUGGUAGAUUCUCAAAAACUUGAUUAGAACAACAAAAUAAACUGCAUAAAUUAUAAUGUUUUCCAAGUUGUAGGGAUUAAUUAAAAAUUGGCCAUGCAAAAGACAUCUGGUUGGUGUGGCAAUAAAUCAACAUCAUGAGGAGAGUUUUGGAGAUUUUGUCCCUAAAUCAAAAUGGAUACUUCUCUCAAAUGAUUUAUUUCAAAUUGAACACUUGAGUUUGUGCAUGUAUUUUUGUGUCUGUGGUGACUCUGUGAAGGGCUGGAAACUUGUUCAGAGUUUAUCUCAGACCUGCCUAGUGAUUGCUGUAAUAAGCUCCAGCACACUCUUCAACAGACAGCAGUCAAGUGUGGAAAAUUAAUCAUUUGAGUAUUCUACUUUUCGAACAGUGUGACUUUUUAAUGAGUAUAUUAUUUCACUGCAUAGACAGAGUUAUAUGUGAGUUACUGUAUAUGUUGCUCCUUCAUACGGAAAGCUGUUCAACCACCAGGUUGUAAAUGUGUGGUCCAUUACAUUGGGAUAAAUCUGCAGAUUAAUUUACAUAUUCUGGAUUAGCAAGGGGAAACUCAUCUCCACUGAGCAAACUGCACCAUCAUUCUUAACAUAUGAUUGCUUAUUGUGAAUCUGAACCCAGGCCAUAAUAAACAUCUAAAUGCAUGGCACUGAAUGUAAAGUGAUGAUAUUUUUAGGUCUGAAUUUGAGGCAUUUACUAUACAUUGCUGUAUUUUAUACAACAAUCUAAAUAUUUAAAUAUGGACACAUUGUAAUUGCUGCGUUCUCUGUAAAAUAUUCUAGUUUUGUAUGUGCUAAAGAAAUUAUGAAGCGAUCACCACUUUUUGAAUUGUUCUCAUCACAUUCUGAGGUAUUUGUUUCACUGCAGUGGCAUUAUCAUGUAGAUUAUGUGACAAUAGCCUUCCCCUCAUAUUUACCAUGUCUGAAAGAAACAGAACAUCUUUAGUUAACAGUUGCAGCACUCACAAUUUUCUCAACAACAAACAAAGACUGUAAAACAUUCCUGUAAAAGCUUUGAUUUCCCCUCCCCCUUUAUUUAUGAACCUUGUAAUGUUUGUGUUUUGAAUGGUAACAGUGUACUUUAAAUUAAUUAUAUUUGGAAGUUUUUGUUUCUGUUUUAAUUGAAUGGAUAGCUGAUUUGCGUGUGUUGAUACAAUAAAAUGUUUAAGUUGG